CUGACUGCGUCGAGGAACAUCAGACAACACUUGGAACCUCUACUCCUGCCUUUAUGAUACAAAAAUAUAUUGUGAUACACUGGUAAACAUUAUACAAUAUAUUUACCAAGGGUGUAACUUGGCUUCAAAAAGUGCUGGAGACCAGAACUAGUGUUCAAAUCCAUCCACGCCUUCCUGCAGUCACGUAAUGAUGGAUGAUUCAGUAUACAUUAUGUCUUUGCUUUGAAGAGCAAAGAAAAGUAAAGCAGAGGCCGAGCUCCUGCAGGCACUGAACUGAACAAUGCUGCCAUCUAAAGGACAAUCUGGCAGUUAAGUGUGUGGGCCUCAUUUUAAAGUGGGGAUCUGGAUUGGGUACAUGGUAUGACAAGAGAAUUAGGAAAGAAGCCAUGAUUACACUGAAGAGUGUUGGAGCUGUUUUUGGAUUGACGUUAUGGGUUCAUCUGUGCACUUCCUUCUGCUUUUCUCAGGACUGUGGGCUCUCGCUUUAUGUGCAUCUCGUCAGUUUUAUGUGGUGAAAGAGGAAAUGAACUGGGCCGAAGCUCAGCAAUACUGCAGAGUGAAUUACACUGACCUGGCCACCAUCGAGAACAAAGAUGAAAUGAAUGCUGUAAAGGACGUUCUUAACGGGAGCAGAAAACAUUUCUGGAUUGGACUGAAGCAGGUUAAUAGCACUUCCUCGACUGGUAAUGACAAGAGGUCCUGGGUCUGGUCAGAUAACACUCAGUUCUCAUACGAGUACUGGAAUGAUAAAGAGCCAAACAACAAUGGGACUGAAAACUGUGUGGAAAUCCUGAAAGCAAGUGAAAAGAAUAAAUGGAAUGAUGCAGAAUGCCGUCACAAGGUUAAAUUUGUCUGCUAUAAAAAACGAACUCCACUCAUCGUGAUUGCUGAGAAGAAGACGUGGAAAGAAGCCCUGAAGUUCUGCAGACAGAAUCACGUGGACCUGGUUUCUGUUUACUCGCAGGAAAUGCAGGACUGGGUGGAAGUAGUCACUAAAAAUGCUUCCACUAACAUGUGGAUUGGCCUGCGUCACACCUGCGCUCUGGGCUUCUGGUACUGGGUGAGAGGAGAGAUGAUCUGCUACCAAAACUGGGCUCCAGGUAACGGAACCGGAGUGGAGGAUUGUGGUGAUGUGGAGAGAACCGGAGCGGUGCUGUCUGAGAGUAAGAAGUGGGUCAGCCUGCCACAGACUGAUGAACUCUCCUUCAUCUGUAUCACCUUCUAGUGGAGGCUACUAGAAGUGGACGCAUGGAAUUCAGCUGGAUCCUCGUAGUUCAGGACCAGACAUUUCUUUCUCUAUUUGCAAGUACAACAAUUAAUUGAUGAAUUUCAGAAUAAUGUUGAGUUUCUUUAUGGUGUUGGUGUUGGUCUUAUGGUGUAUGGCUUUUACUCCAAAAUAGCUAUUUGUAUCUUUACUGUUAGCUCUGUUAGCUACUAAAACUAGACUAUGUGAGGCUUUUUGUUCCCAUGGGCUUUGUUUUAUUAGCAGUAAUAUGUUGCUUAGCUGUUUUAUGUGUUAUGUACAGGCAUACCCUGUACAAAGUGUGAAUGUUUUAUUUUGUGCAUUAAAAUUAAGCUGCACAAUAAAAUGAAAAUGUCACAGUUGAUAUUUCUCACUUUGACAAUCUACUUCAGUGUAACUAGCUACUUUAUCAACACAGUGGUAUUGAUCAUUGAAAUCAUGAGCGGCUUGUA